AUGGUCGCUCAGAGCUCUCACACCCCGUUCUUUCCACCGAACCUCGUUGCUGAUAAGACCGCGGCGUCGAAAGCAAGCAGUAAGCGACUCAUCCCCAAGGCCAUGCAUACGCCCAUCCAAGAUCGUCUCGCUCCCAUCCAACUGCCUCUCAUUCGGUUCAUGAACGAGUCUGGAGCGAUUCCACAUCCCAGUGACGAUCCCAAGCGUAAGUUAUCGCAAGUUUGUACCAAAUGGAGGCGCAUCAUUGUCGGCGACACCUCCUUAUGGGCCAAUAUUCGUUUAGCGCCCGUGCGGUUCGAACACUCCGAGCAUCUCCUUCGCCUUUUCGAGCAGAGCGCCGAGCGUAGCCGAGGGCAGCCGCUCUUGAUCCAGAUGUACAACGACCUCCGACGUUCUCGCCCAGCGCACGUCAGGAAGGUGGAAGACUUGUUGUACGGCGGCGGGAAGUUCAGCAUCGUUCAUUCCAUCCUCGCUCCGCUUCCGGUCAGCAGCCGCCUCACCUCUCUCAAGUGCCUCUUCGCCAAGGACGACGUGUGGAUGUUCCUCCGCCUCCCAUCGACCACGUUCCCUGUUCUGAAGAGCGUCGACAUCACUUUCAUCCAUUCUCUCGACAAUCAUCGGACGCCUUUCACGAAGGACCAUCGUAACCGCCUCAAUUUCACGGUUUUCAAAGACCAUCCGACACUCCAGGAGGCGGCGUUCCACAUCGAGAACUGCAUCCAUCCGCUCGACCUUCAGCUGCCAUGGGGUCAGCUCACGAAGCUUGACCUGGCCAGCGCACCGAUGCCGACGUGGACGCUCCUCACCAUCAUGAGUCAAGCAGCGCCGUCGCUCGUUGACGGCGCCUUCCACGUCAAAUUGCUUGCUGCUUCCGACUGCGAGCUCCUAGGAGUGACGAUGCCUGUGUUGAAGAGGCUUCGGCUCGUUGUCAUCGACCCCACCCUGGAGCCGACCUUCUUCGCGCUCCUGAAGAUGCCGAUCUUGGGUAACUUGAAGCUGGAGAGGUUCGAUAGGCGGGUAGGGUGGCAACUGUGGUUGCUCAUUCCGGUGCUCGUGCAUUCCUCGUCCUCGCUCCGUCUGCUGGAACUCAAGAACUUCGUCUUGAGGCGGGAACCUGGCGACCCGGUGCCGACGGUUAGAAGGUCUUCUUACACGGAACUCGAGGCGAUCUUGGAGGUCGUUCCGCGCCUCGAGGAGCUCAGGUUGGCGCCGGAUAUCGUGAUGCACUUGCCUACUCUGGAGAAAGUGGCGAGUGGUGGCCUGGUGCCGCAGUUGAGGGUGCUUGAGCUGUUCAGCACCUCGAGCGAGCAGGUGGUGUCAAUGGUUCAACAGAGAGCCUUCGGUAUAGGGACUUCUACCUGUACCGGUGCUACGCUCUGCCGCGUUAAUUUGAUGGUGAAAAUGGAGGAGGUGAACGAAGUGAUGCAGAAGGUAUUGAGCACUGGUCUUUCUGGUCUCAUCUACGUCUGUGGCAUUGCCCCUCUUCCCCUUCUAGGCCAUUGA